CAUGGAAAGGUACGUAUUUACUGCUAUGGUGCAUUGGCUAGUUUAUUAGAUUAUUAUUGUUCAAAUAACAAUUAAAAUAAAAUGUCUCAGUAUCAAACAAAAUAUAACACUGACGGCGAAAGAGAUGAAGAUUUGGUUAAUAAAUUAUAUUCAAGAAAAGCUUGCAUUUCGUGUUUGAAUCAGAAUGUCUCAUUGGUUCAUUUGUCGAACUGUGAACAUGCAAGAUUUCUGGAGUAUUUCCUUAAAAUUAAGAUUGAAUUUUCAGAACUAAUGGUUUGCAAUUACUGCCACUAUACGCUCAAGAAGUUUGAAUUAUUUCGACGACAGACUGAAGAGAAUUUCGCUUUCCUCAAUAACCAGACCAAUAACCAACCACAACCAACCAAACUGCUGCAAAUUUCUACCAUAGACAUAACUGACAGUUCAGAGCCAAUAAAGGAAGUUCAAGAAGACUUUGUUUACGAAGAUUUCGUCACAGAAAUAAAAGUAGAACAUGACUCCGAUGUGGAUUUAUCGUUAUCACAGAUCAAGAAGGAGAUUUUGGGUACAGCUCGUCCCAAGAAUAACAAAAAUAAUAAUAAAAAGAAGAGUAAAAUGGAAGAGAAAUACAAUGGUAAAAUUCGCGUCGUCCACCUGAGCGAAGAGGAGAUGCUUAGUGAGAGGGAGCGAGACAGGAACAGAGGCUCGUUCCUCAAACUACCGUUCCGUUGUGAAGACUGCAUUUGUGGGUUUGACCAUGAGAUGAAUCUUAAGAAUCAUAUUGAGAAGAGACAUAAUAAGAAAAAGAACAGUUUCACCUGCAAAAUAUGCAAAUCCGUUUUGGGAUCCGAUAACUCAUAUAAGGAGCACGUCAAAAGACAUUACAAAAGAUACGAAUGCUGCGCUUGCGGCAAACGCAACAACAACGUGUACUCCGUGUUGACGCACUACAGCGCGCAACACGGCGCCAUUGACGCGGCGUACACGUGCCGCGACUGCGGGUUCACUACCGCAUCGCACCGCAGCUACCGCUACCACAGAGACAAGCACAAGCCGAAACAGCAAUGUACCUUAUGCAGCAGCACUUUUUUCAACGGCGCGGGGCUUAGAGUUCACAUGUACACAGUUCACAAGCAAUCCAGUCGCGUGUUCUCCUGCACGACGUGCAACAAAGUGUACAACUCGAGCUCCGGACUUUUAGCGCACAUCGCGUCCGCACACACCAACAGUAAUGCAUAUUGUGCGCGUUGCAACAAACACUUCAACACUGAAAGCAAUCUGACACAUCAUUUGAAUACGCAUUCCGCUCACCAAGGAGAUGCUAAAAAGGUAACAUGCGACGAGUGCGGCGCGCGAUUCCGCACCAAACCAACUUUGCUAGAGCACAUAGACUUCGUUCAUCUGAAGAAGAAUAAUUACCAAUGCGGAAGAUGUUCCAAGGUGUUCAUGAACAAAGCGGCACUGAAGAAACACACCAACUUCGUUCACGAGAAGAUACGACCGCCGCGCAACAAGAUAUGCGACCAUUGCGGCAGGGGGUUCACGACCCUCUCGAUCCUCCGCUCGCACGUGCGCACGCACACGGGCGAGCGGCCGCUGCAGUGCUCUGUGUGCCCCGCCACGUUCGCGCACAGUGCCGCCCUCUACACGCACAACAAGUUGCUACACCAAGCGCAUGCAACUCAGUAAUGUUACGAAUUAA